AUGACGACGUUUACGAGAAUUCCUGAUGGAGAGACUCCUUCUAUUAGUAUUGAUGCGUCGAGGAGAUUGUCGAAGAUUGAUCCUAUGAUAUAUGGAGGGUUUAUGGAGCAUAUGGGCCGUUGCAUCUACGGUGGAAUCUACGAUCCAGGAAACCCUCUCUCCGACAAACAUGGCUACCGCACCGAUGUCCUCGGCGCGCUUCGCGAACUUGAUAUCCCUGUAAUCCGUUACCCAGGUGGAAAUUUCAUCGCUACAUAUCACUGGGAAGAUGGCAUCGGACCUAGAGAAAAGCGUCCUGAUCGUCCCGAACUUGCAUGGCUAGGGACGGAGACUAAUGAAUUUGGAACCGAUGAAUUUAUGCACUAUCUCAGUGUGCUCUCAGAGGGGAAGGAAAAACGGGUCGAGCCUUAUUUCUGUCUCAAUAUGGGUACAGGAACAUUGACCGAAGCAUUAGCAUGGGUAGAGUACUGCAAUGGUACCCGAAAUACCUAUUAUGCCAAUCUUCGACGAAAGAAUGGACACGAAGAGCCAUAUAACAUCAAAUAUUGGGCAUUAGGAAACGAAGUUUGGGGACCAUGGCAAGUUGAGCAAAUGACUGCUGAAGACUACGCCAAAAAAGCUCUCCAGUGGUCUAAGGCCCUCCACCUUCUCGAUCCAACUCUUCAACUAAUCCUCUGUGGUGAAACCGGUCUUUCCCCAUGGGAUCUCACCGUGCUCCUCCCAAACAUCCACCACAUAACCAUGCACAGCAUCCACAUCUACAGUACCUCCUCAAAACAUCUCCCCAACGCCCUCUCACCCCUUCAAGCCGAAACAGCCAUUGAAUCCGCCGCCUCCCUCAUCCAGAUCGCACGCAUCCAAGCAAAAAUCCCUCCUUCAGUACCCGUCCCCAAAAUCUGUUUCGACGAAUGGAACGUCUGGGAUCCUUUGCGUGCACCAGGAGAAGAAGGAGCCGAGGAAAAAUACACAUUAAGUGAUGCCCUGGCCGUAGGUGUGUGGUUGAACGUUUUCAUUCGACAAAGUCGAUAUGUAGGAAUGGCGAAUUUGGCGCAGAGCGUUAAUGUUAUUUCUCCAUUGAUGACGAGCAAGAAUGGGAUUAUCAAACAGACGACUUGGUGGCCCUUGUGGUUGUAUAGUAAAUACAUGCGUGGAUGGACAUUGGGCCUACAUGUAAGAGGUGGAGCGUACGAAGGAGUACAGGAACCAAAGUGGUUGGCGAGUGUAGUGGGAGAACAGGGAGGAGCAAGUUGGUUGGAUGUAGCAGGAAGCAUUGAUGAGGAUGGAGUUAUCAGUUUGUGCGUGGUGAACGUUAGCGAGGAAGAAAGUUUUGAAACGGAUUUAUUGGGUGUGAAGGGAGAAGUGCAGGUUUUUACUAUCACGGGUGAUAAUGUUACUGUGGUUAACACGGCGGAGAAGGAAGAAGUCAGUGUUAAGGAAAGUAAGUGGGAUGGAAAGGGUAAAUAUACUUUUGGGAAACAUUCUCUCACGAUGCUGAGGUGGGCUACGGGAGAGAAAGUUGUGGAGGUGAAGAAGGGUGAGGGUGAAAGAUUAGAUACGAGAAAGCUGGCUUGGGCAGGUGAUAGAGAACUUGACAAGUCCUGA